UCAUCACCACCGCGACGCCCCGCCACACCAGCAAAAUGGCGACCAAGCGCGAGUACACGACCGAAGACACCACCAGCAGCGCUAAGCGCCCAAAGAUGGAGAACGGAAACGGCAAGCUCGACGCUGCCAACAACCCGUACCUGGCACAUUGGAACGACGACAAGGCUAACACCGCGGACGGACUUUACGAUUUCAAGCGCCACGCAACGACCUCGAAGCAAGCCUCCGCCGCCGAAGAUGGCCCGCUCAAUCCCUUCACGGGAAAGUCGCUGUCGAACAGAUAUAUGGGCAUCUUGAAGAAGCGGAGGGAUUUGCCUGUCCACAAGCAGCGAGACGAGUUCUUGAAGCUGUAUCAGGAAAAUCAAAUCCUUGUCUUCGUCGGUGAGACUGGUUCCGGAAAGACGACGCAGAUUCCCCAGUUCGUGCUCUUCGAUGAUAUGCCUCACAAGAGCGCCCAGAUGGUCGCCUGUACCCAACCUCGUCGUGUCGCCGCCAUGUCGGUCGCCCAACGUGUCGCCGAGGAGAUGGACGUGGAGCUUGGAGAGGAAGUCGGUUAUAGCAUUCGUUUCGAGGACAAGACCGGGCCCAACACCAUGCUGAAAUACAUGACCGACGGAAUGUUGCUGCGCGAGGCGAUGCACGACAAUAACCUGACGCGGUAUAGCACUAUCAUUCUCGACGAGGCCCACGAGCGCACCCUUGCGACGGAUAUCCUGAUGGGUCUGCUGAAAGAGGUGGUUCUGCGGCGAAAGGAUCUGAAGUUGAUCAUCAUGAGUGCCACGCUUGACGCGACCAAGUUCCAGAAAUAUUUCCACAAUGCGCCACUGCUUGCUGUCCCCGGUCGUACCCACCCGGUCGAGAUCUUCUACACGCCUGCGCCCGAGCGGGAUUACGUCGAGGCUGCUUUGCGGACAGUCCUGCAGAUCCACGCGACUGAGGACGAGGGUGAUAUUCUGCUGUUCCUUACUGGAGAAGAGGAGAUCGAGGAUGCUUGCCGAAAGAUCACUUUGGAAGCGCAGGAUUUGGUCCGAGAAGAUGCUGCUGGACCGCUUGUAGUAUACCCGUUAUACGGUACGCUGCCACCCGCACAACAACAGAAGAUUUUCAGCCCCGCACCUCCGCCCAUCAGGCCCGGUGGACGCCCGGGGCGCAAGUGCAUUGUCUCAACCAACAUUGCUGAGACGUCGCUUACCAUUGACGGCAUUGUGUACGUCGUCGACCCUGGCUUCAGUAAACAGAAGGUGUACAACCCGCGUAUUCGUGUUGAGUCAUUGCUUGUAUCACCUAUUUCGAAAGCAUCCGCACAGCAGCGCGCUGGUCGUGCGGGUCGUACUAGGCCAGGAAAGUGCUUCAGGCUGUACACAGAGUCAGCCUUCAAGAAGGAGCUGAUCGAGCAGACUUACCCCGAAGUUCUGAGGUCGAACUUGGCGAGCACUGUCUUGGAGUUGAAGAAGUUGGGUGUUGAAGAUCUUGUUCAUUUCGAUCUCAUGGACCCACCUGCGCCAGAGACACUUAUGCGCGCUCUCGAGGAGUUGAACUACUUGGCGUGUUUGGACGACGAAGGCGAGCUGACCACUCUGGGAUCCCUCGCUUCGCAAUUCCCGCUCGAUCCUGCAUUGGCAGUCAUGCUGAUCGUCUCGCCCGAGUUCUAUUGCUCGAACGAGAUUUUAUCCCUCACCGCACUGCUCUCUGUUCCGCAAAUCUUCGUUCGCCCAGCUAGCAACCGAAAGCGAGCAGACGAGAUGAAGGACUUGUUCGCGCAUCCAGACGGCGACCAUCUGACAAUGCUGAACGUGUACCAUGCCUUCAAGAGCGAAGAGGCGCAGGCCAACCCCAAGCAGUGGUGCCAUGACCACUUCCUGUCGUACCGUGCCUUGCAGCAGGCAGAUAACGUUCGCCUCCAGCUGAAGCGUAUAAUGGAGCGGGAGGAGCUCGAGUUGAUGUCGACGCCCUUCGAGAACAAAAAGUACUACGAGAACAUCCGGAGAGCGCUUGUUGCUGGUUUCUUCAUGCAAGUCGCCAAGCGCGACGGCAACGGCAAGGCGUACAUGACGGUCAAGGACGAGCAGAAUGUCCUGCUCCAUCCCAGCACCGUGCUUGGCCAGGACAGCGAGUGGGUGGUGUACAACGAGUUUGUGCUUACUACGAAGAAUUACAUUCGCACUGUCACGUCGGUGAAGCCCGAGUGGCUGCUAGACAUCGCACCGAACUACUAUGAUAUCGCGGCCUUCAAGAAGGGCGAGAUCAAGACGGCUUUGCAGCGGGUCGCCACGAAGAUCCAGCGGAAGGAGCAAGAGAAGGGCAAGCGGUGAGCAGUUGGAAACACUCCUGUAAUCUACACAAUUAGGAGCGCUGUACCACGCCACCCCGAAGGUAUGAACACCCUCGGUGCGGUGUUAUGGCGCCGAGAUACCCAGCUCGCGGCACGCACGGCUUGGCUGCGCAAACUGGAAGAUGCGAAGUGGCUUUGGAUGUGCAUUGGGUGAAAGUGGAUAGACUUAUGUGCAUCAUGACUGGAUAGCAUUAAUGCAAUUGCUACCGAGGUGGAGGUGCU